AUUUCUCUCAAGGGCAAGAAAUAAUAUAUUUUUGCCUCUGGGGCGGGGGGACUGAUCUUUUCCUAAGAGAAGGAAGGAUGCAGUACUUUCUUUGCUUGUGGGUUUCCUUUUGUUCACUUUUGAUCUAGAUAUUGGUGGUUAUGUUCCAGUCCUCCUGCAUAUGCCCAAGAGGAUUGGGAGUGGCGUGGACACCAGCAGCAGCACUUUUUUCCUGUAGAGAUUAGAAACCAGGAGCUUGUUGCCCAGCUUGCAAAGGCUCAGGACAGAGAGGAGGAAGAAACAAGUAUAAAGGUUUUGGUUUUGGAAAGAAGUUGGAAUCUUCCUGACCUUGGGACCUUAAGAUCCACAAAAUUGCUGAAAGAAAAAGUACUACUUGUUGAAAGGAUGAAGAAACACGAAAAGAUUAUGACUACAUGCUGGAUCACCCAGAGGAAUACUACAGCCAUUACUAUCACUACUACCGCAGGCGCCUGGCCCCCAGAGUGGACGUCAGACUUGUGAUUUUGGUCACUGUGUGUGCCAUCUCGGUGUUUCAGUUUUUCAGCUGGUGGAAUAGCUACGACAAGGCAAUCAACUACCUGGCCACAGUGCCCAAGUACCGCAUCCAAGCCAUGGAGAUUGCUAAAGAGCAGGGGUUGCUCAGAAAAGCCAAAGAGAAGGGCAGAAACAAGAAAUCCAAAGAGGAAAUUCGUGAUGAGGAGGAGAACAUUAUAAAGAACAUUAUAAAGAGUAAAGUAGAUAUAAAGGGAGGCUAUCAAAAACCCCAGAUACGCGAUCUUCUCCUGUUUCAAAUUCUCUUAGCUCCUGUUCACCUGUGCUCAUAUAUAGUCUGGUACUGCCGGUGGGUCUAUAAUUUCAAUAUCAAAGGCAAAGAGUAUGGGGAAGAAGAAAGACUAUAUCUCAUACGUAAAUCUAUGAAGAUGUCAAAGUCUCAGUUUGAUAGUCUAGAAGAUCAUCAAAAAGAAACUUUUCUUAAAAGGGAGCUCUGGAUAAAGGAGAAUUAUGAGGUCUACAAACAAGAACAAGAAGAAGAGCUAAAGCAAAAAUUGGCCAACAACCCUCGAUGGAAGAGAUACAGGAGAUGGAUGAGGAAUGAAGGGCCCGGACGGCUAACAUUUGUGGAUGACUGAGGAUUGCUGGAAUGCUACUAUGCCAAACCUUAAUCGUGAUAUUUUCAUAACUGAAUUAUUUUAGAAAUGUUUCCCCUACUCCUCUGCAGUAACUAAAAUUCCUUAAGUAUUUGAUUCAACAGAAUAAUGAAGAAAUUUAAACUUUACCUUAAAACUUUAUACAUAAGACAUUUAUGAUUGUUCAAUUUUUAUAAUCUAUUUGUGGAUUUUGUUAAAAGAUUUAACAUGAAGAUUUAUAAGUUGCCAUUUAAAAUUUUAUAUGUUUGGUUAAAAGAUUUGACAUGAAAAUUUAUUAGAUACCAUUGACAA